UCAGCUCGACCCGUUGGCUUGCUCACUCUAUUCCCAGUCGAAACCCUAGCCCCAUCCAUUCCCCACUCCAUUCCUCCCUAUUCGCGCUCCAGAUCUGGCUGGCGGCGGCAUUUGUGGCGGCGGUGAAGGCGAGGAUUCAAGCGGGAGAGAUGCGCCGCUAGUAGGCCUUGGCAGAGGAAGUGUGAUGGCGACAACCACCCCCCCGCGGACCCCUGGGCGAGAUGGCGAGGAGAUGGAUGUAGGCAAAUCCAAUCCAACAAUCUGUUCGAGGCCGAACUGGUUUUCGGUAGACGUUAGGGUUCAAGGCUAUGUGACAAUAGAUGCUGCUGGUAGGAAAAUUUACACAAAAGGGUCAACUCAUCAAUGGGUUGUGGAAUCAGAUAGCUUUAACAUUGAGUUUGUGUUGAGUAGCCUAAGUGUUGAGUUAACUUGUUGCCCAAAUUAGUCUCCUGCCAUAUGGUAUUUUCAUAAGUUAAUUGGUGAGGAUGUGAGACUGUUGGAGGAUGGCCAGAUUCCAGAGUUGUUUGAAAUGUAUGUAGAAGAGAGCCACUUUGAGCUUAUUGUAUCCAUCCUGGAUGCUGCAAAGGGUGUGCCAUUUGCUAUAAAUGCUUUAAAUCCUAUAUGUGUGGUGCCUCCUGAAAUCCCUGCUGAAAUCCAUCCUGAAAUCCCUCCUCAAUUCCCUGCUGACAUCCCUCAUGAAAUCCCUGCUGACAUCCCUACUGUUGGAGGUUCUGACCAUCCUACAACAGAGGAAGCAGAAGUUAGAGAGGCAGAUAUCUUUGACAAUGAAGAGGAGUAUAUUGGUGUUGAUGAUGAGCACAUAUAUGUUCCUGCAUCUAAACAGCAAGGUCAACCUGGAUCUGAACCUCAGGGGGCUGCAGCUACUGCUCAGAGUGGAGAGAAUGGUGCUAGUGCUAGUGCUAUGGCAGCUCCUGAGGCACAGAUUACAGAUCAUGAUCCUCAGAUUUAUAACAUCAUUCAUGACCCUGAGAAUCCAAACAUUGUCAAAGAUGCUUUGUUCCCUGACAUGAUAGCUCUCAGAAAAGCUGUAAGGCAUUAUGCCAUCGUGAAAGGUUUUGAAUUUGCUAAAGGUUCGGUGAAGCCAGAUCCUACAAGGUUUAUUGCAAAAUGUGCAGCUGAUGGUUGCCCUUGGCAUAUAUACAUGCAUCUCUGAUUGAGGAUAAGAAGACUGCAAAGAUUAAGGUUCUUCCAUUUGAGCACACUUGUUCUUCUACAAAGCUACAUGAAGGGAAGAUGGCUACUCAAGGCUGGUGUGCAAACAGGCUACAUGAUUGGCUCAAGACCAAUCCUGGCAAGGGACCAACUGAUUGUAGGAAGAAGCUUGAAGAAAAAUACGAGAUCAAGCUGAAAUACUCCAAAGCAUGGUCUGGUAUGAAGAAGGCAAUUGACCAGAUCCAUGGUACAUAUGAAGAAAGCUUCCAGCUUCUUUUCAACUGGAAGGCUGCACUGCAGAACAAGUCACCAGGUACAAUUGUAGAGAUUGAGUUGCAGAAAGUAGGCAAGAAGAUGUGCUUUAAGAGAAUUUUUGUUGCAUUGAAACCUUGCAUAGAUGGAUUUUUGGCUGGAUGUAGACCUUACAUAGGUGUAGAUGCAACUAGAUUAACUGGUAAAUACACUGGACAGCUAGCUUCAGCCACUGCUGUAGAUGGACAUAACUGGUUGUAUUAUGUAGCAUAUGCUGUGUUUGACUCAGAAACAGAUGAUAAUUGGCUUUGGUUUAUGCAACAACUAAAUAAGGCCAUAGGAGACACAGAGGGUUUAGUUAUUUCUACAGAUGCAUGUAAGGGUUUAGACAAAGCAUGUAAGGCUUUCAAGAAGGUAGAGCAUAGAGAAUGCAUGAGGCAUCUCUAUGCUAAUUUCAUGAAGAAGUACCAAGGGCCAGUGUUCACUGAUCAUCUGUAUCCAGCUGCUAGAUGCUAUACUGAGGAUAAGUUUCAGUGGCAUUUGAAGCAUAUAUGGGAUGUCAGGCCUGAUGCAAUAGAGUUCCUAGAGAAACACCACUCAAGGAUUUGGUAUAGAUGUGGAUUUUCAGAACUUAGCAAGUGUGAUUACCUGACAAAUAAUGUUUCAGAGAGUUUCAACAACCAGAUCAAGGGCUUAAAAGGUUUGCUCUUACAUGAGUUGGUUGAUUCCAUCAGAGAAAUGAUCAUGGAGAAAUUUGCACUUAGAAGAGAUUGUGCCAGCAAGAUGGAUGAUGAAAUCCUGCCAAGUGUCAUGAAGGAGCUAAACACUGCAACUAGUAAUUUGAAGGUGGUUAAGGUGGCCAGAAGUGACCAUGGGUUUGCUGAAGUCACAAUGGUUGAGAGUGAUAACAGCACCCAGAGGCACAUUGUGGACUUGGACAACCAAAAUUGUUCUUGUAGGGUAUGGCAGGUCACUGGAAAACCUUGCAAGCAUGCAUUGGCUUGGAUAUGCAGCAACAGGGGCAAGAUUCAGGACUUUGUGCAUCCAUAUUACAGUGUCCAGUACUUUAGAGCAGCUUAUGCAGGGAGGAUUCAACCCAUGACUGAUAGGUCACAAUGGCCUUCAGUUGAUCUUGAGUUCAAAGUGCAUCCUCCAAGACUAAGAAGAGGAGCUGGCAGGCCUAGAGUGCAAAGGAUAAGGGGCUGUCUUGAGCCUGGGAGAAAGAAGGUGAAAUGCAAGAGAUGCAACCAGUUUGAGCACUUUGAGAAAACAUGCAAACUGGCUGAACCACUAUGUGAAGAUGACAUGGCUACUGAAGAAACACCCAGGAAAAGGAGGAGGCCAUCUAAUGUGAAUGCUGAAGCUAGCUCAUCAGCACCAAAUAAGAAGAAACAUGAAACUCCAAAGAAGAAGCGAACACCACAAAAGAGGAGAGUUCUUGCUUCUUCCAGUGCUCCACCAAGAACUGCUCCUAGAAGGCUAUCAGAUUGGUUUGAAGGGUCUCAACCAACCAACCCAGCUUGAUGUUCACCUAGCUGAUUACUGGGAUUUCUUUUGUAAUAUAUGAUGUCCCAAGAAUUGCUGGUAUUUGUGAUGUGAAUGCCUGUGUAAGUUAGCAUCACAGAAGUGGGUUCCCUUUUGUAAUAUAUUAUGUGAUGUAAUGCCUAAGACACACCUAUGUUGUGAUGACUGGCAGACCUGUUUAUUUUGUGAUGUAGUACUGAAAUGGCACUAAGACCUGCUUAUUAUGUAUUC